CCCGAGGCCCCGCCCCUUUCCGCGCUCCGCUUCUCCGGCGCCGGGAGAUGUGAUGAGGAGCCCGGAGCGGUUCCUGAGCAGGCUGCCAACCUCUCCUUUCUGGAUGUGGCCCGUGGAUCCGGGACCGUACAGCUGACACAGUGACAAAAGCUGCCGCGCGUGGAGGUGGGGUAGGUGUGUGACCCACAGGAAGGAGACAUGGAGAGAGCGAGCAAGGCCUACGUGAACCGGGACGAGGAGGACGAGAUGGAAGUCUCUGGCUACAGCCCCUGCUGCUGGAAGCUGGCGCUGGUUGUGCUGGGCACCGUGUGCAGCGGCGGCUUCCUCCUCCUCUUCCUCUACUGGCUGCCCAAGCUGAGCGUCCGGUGGACCUGCAGCUCCGUGCCCCUGCGGGACGCCCGGGUGCUCCUGCUGCGCACCACGGACCAGUUCCGGACAUGGUCCAGGGCCCGGGUGGCUUCCUUCUUGGCCCCCGGCUCCGACCCCCUGGGCUUCCCGCAGCUGCCCGAGAGCCGGAGGCCCCUCUGCCAGGCCGGCCAGCCGGAGGACUGGGACUGCGAGGAGGGGCUGCUCUCCCAGCCCGCCAGCGGGGAGCAGGUGGAGAUCCGGUGUUUCGUCCAUCACAACGCACGCUACCUCUGGAGUGCCGAGUCCCAGGCCUUCCGGCGGCUCCGGGCCCUGGAGGUGGGGCAGCCGUGCUCGGCCCUGCACGCCGUCCACGGAUCCGGCCUCCCCCGCAGCAGCCAGGACUACCGGAGGCUGUUCUUCGGAGCCAACCAGAUCGACGUGCGUGUGCCUCCCGUGCCCAAGCUGCUCGUCAAGGAGGUGCUGAACCCCUUCUACAUCUUCCAAGUCUUCAGCAUGGUGCUGUGGUCGCUGGACAACUACUGCCUGUACGCGUCGGCCAUCCUCUUCAUGUCGCUCGUCUCGGUCUGCUCCUCCCUCUACACCAUCCGGAAGCAAUACGUCCUCCUGCACGACAUGGUCGCCGCGCACAACAUCAUCCGGGUGACAGUGUACCGGGGGCCGUGCGGGACCGAGGAGAUCUUCUCGACGGAGCUGGUGCCCGGGGACGUGCUGCUGGUGCCGCCGGAAGGGCUGGCCGUGCCCUGCGACGCGGUGCUGCUGAGCGGCACGGCCAUCGCCAACGAGAGCAUGCUAACGGGCGAGAGCGUCCCCGUGACGAAGACGGCGCUGCCCCGCCCGGCCCCGGGGCCCGGCCCGGACCCACUCUACGACCCAGAGGAGCACAGGCGCCACACGCUCUUCUGUGGCACAGCCGUCAUCCAGACGCGGUUCUACUCCGGGGAGCCCGUCCGGGCGCUGGUCAUCCGGACAGGCUUCUCCACCGCCAAAGGGCAGCUGGUCAGCUCCAUCCUGUUCCCGAAGCCGACGGGGUUCCGCCUCUACCGGGACGCCUACCGCUUCCUCCUCUGCCUGGUCGGCGUGGCCGGCGUCGGCAUGCUGUACUCCGUGGUCCGCAGCGUGCAGCAGGCGGAGCCGGUGGGCCGCAUCGUUCUGGAGUCCCUCGACAUCCUGACCAUCACGGUGCCGCCCGCGCUCCCGGCCGCCAUGACCGCCGGGGUGGUGUACGCCCAGCGCCGCCUGCGCAAGAAGCGGAUCUUCUCCAUCAGCCCGCAGCGCAUCAACCUCUGCGGGCAGCUCAACCUGAUGUGCUUCGACAAGACGGGGACUUUGACGGAGGACGGGCUCGACUUCUGGGACUUCGUACAGGCCCAGGGUGGUCGCUUCCUCCCCGCGGGACGGGGCCUUCGCGACCCGGCUCUGCGCCACUCGCCCUUCGUCACGGCCAUGGCCACCUGCCACUCGCUCACCACCAUCGGGGGGUGUCUCUCGGGGGACCCCCUGGACCUCCGGAUGUUCGAGGCCACGGGCUGGGUCCUGGAGGAGCCCAGCCAGGAGGAGACGGCCUUGCAUGACCAGAUCCAGCCCACCGUGGUGCGCCCCCCCGACCAGACCCUUCCCGACGUGCCGGAGGGGACCCCCGAGGACGAGGAGCCGCUGAAGCUGACGGCGACCCGCCAGGUCGGCCUCCUGGCGCAGUUCCCGUUCUCCUCCAGCCUGCAGCGCAUGAGCGUGGUGACCCGGACGCUGGGCGAGAAGCGGCUGGUGGCCUACAUGAAGGGCGCGCCGGAGACGGUGGGCAGCCUCUGCCGCAAGGAGACAGUUCCAGAGAACUUCUCGGCGGUGCUGGAGUCCCACACGCGGCAGGGCCUGCGGGUCCUCGCCCUGGCCUGCCGCCGCCUGGAGGGCCGGUUCACGUGGCACCGGGUGCAGCACGCCAGCAGGGACGCCAUCGAGUGCCACAUGGACUUCCUGGGCUUCGUCAUACUGCAGAACAAGCUGAAGCCGGCGACGGCGCCCGCCCUGGCUGAGCUGCGCCGGGCCCGCAUCCGCUGCGCCAUGGUGACAGGAGACAACCUUCUGACGGCCAUUUCCGUGGGCCGGGAGUGUGGCAUCGUGCCCCCCAAGGGGAAGGUGAUGCUGACGGAGGCCCUGCCCCCCCGGGACGGGCAGCCGGCGACCAUCAACUGGCAGUGUGCGGACGAGCUCCCGGCCCCGGACGUCCCGGACAAGGCCAGCAAAGAGGAGAUCAGGCUGAUGCUGGAGGAAGAGGAAACGGCCCCCGCGCCCCGGCCGGGCGCCCCAGACGCUAGCUACCACUUCGCCAUCAGUGGGCGGUCCUUCUCGGUCGUCUGGGACCACUUCCCCGACCUGCUGCCCAAGCUGCUGCUCUGCGGCACCAUCUUUGCCCGCAUGGCGCCCGACCAGAAGACCCAGCUGGUGGAAGCCCUGCAGAAGCUGGACUACUGCGUGGGCAUGUGCGGCGACGGAGCCAACGACUGCGGGGCCCUGAAGCGCGCGCACGCCGGCAUCUCCCUUUCUGAGCUGGAGGCCUCCGUGGCUUCACCGUUCACCUCCAAGGCCCCCGAUAUUUCCUGCGUGCCCAACCUCAUCCGGGAAGGCCGGGCCGCCCUCGUCACCUCCUUCUGCGUCUUCAAGUUCAUGGCGCUGUACAGCAUCAUCCAGUACCUGAGCGUACUGCUCCUCUACUCGACCCUGGGCAACCUGGGCGACGCACAGUACCUCUUCAUCGACGUGGCCGUCAUCCUGUCCCUGGCCUUCACCAUGAGCCUGAACGGCGCCUGGAAGGAACUGGUCCCGCGGCGGCCGCCCUCCAGCCUGGUCUCGCCGCAGCUGCUGCUCUCGGUGCUGACGCAGAUCCUGCUGGCGCUCAGCUUCCAGGUGGGCGCCUUCCUCCUCGUCCAGGGGCAGCCCUGGUACCAGCAGGGGCAGGACCGGAGCUGUGGGCUCGGCCCCAACGGCACGCGGGGCCCCCCCGGGGCCCCCACAAGGAACAGCACGGCCGGGCCGGAGCCGGCGGCCGACGACGACGAGGACUCGGUGCGCAGCUUCGAGAACACCACCCUGUUCUACGUCUCCUGCUUCCAGUACGUGGCCGUGGCGCUCGCCUUCUCCAAGGGCCGGCCCUUCCGGCAGCCCCCCCGCACCAACGGCCUCUUCAUCGCCUCCCUGCUGGCCACCUCCGGCUUCCUGCUCUUCCUCCUCCUGUAUCCAGUCCCUGCCCUGGACGACUUCUUUGAGCUGGCCUGCAUCCCGUACACCUGGAGGCUGCUGCUGCUGCUGCUGGUGCUGAGCAACCUGGCGCUGUCCCUCCUGCUAGAGAACUUCGUCUGCGACUGCGACGCCCUGUGGCAGCGCGUGUGUUACGCCAGGAGGGAGUGCGACUACCCGGGCCGGGCCACCUGCCCCCAGCUGGAGCUGGAAGAGCUGGCCACCGGGUACGCGUGCCGCCGGCAGGCCCCUCCCCGGGCCAAGUACAAGCGCCUCGCCCAGGAGCUGCUCUUCGACCCGGACUGGCCGCCACGGCCGAAAACCAGCACCAAGGCCCGCGGGCCUCCUCCGGCCGAGAGCAGCGCCUGACUCCGGCCCGGGUGGGCGGCCGCACGGGGGGAGAUGGGGCCCAACACUGCCCACCCUCUUGCUGGGGGCUGCCCUCCCCCCCCACAGUACUCGCGCCCCUUCCAGCGGGCCCUGCAGGAGAGAGGCCCCCGUGGCUGCGCUUUGUGAGCAAUGCUCCCGCGGCUGCAGGAGGAACCCCGGUCCCCCCGAGCCCUGCCUUGCCCGCCUGGCCCCCCGCAGCCCUCGCGGCCCCACACGAGCCCGUGGGUGCCAGCGCCUCGUCUUCCCGCAUGGACGGGCUCGGCCUUUGGGAGGGCGGCUCUUGGCGGGUCUGCCGGGAUCUCCUCCCGGGGGUUUCCCGGGCUCCCUCACCAUCAGGGGAGCGUGUUCAUUCCGGGGCCGCUUCCAAAGGGAGGCCUUUAAAAGUCUUUCCGCAAGGUGGUUUUUUAAAGAAAUAAAGGUGACUGUACGUGA